AUGUCAUCAAUUCCUAUAUGGCUAAGCCGCUUAUUACCCACAAGGCAAGUAAGAGGAGGAUAUCAAGCAGUAUCCAAUAAUAGUAAUGAUGUACCGAGUAGUACAUUACCAGGUGCAUAUCCCGUUGAAUCAGUUGAACCAAGAAAUCGAAACUAUUUCAAUUCACAAACAAUACAAGCUACACUUCGUAAAAUACCCAAUUGGAUCAUCUAUUUCAUCAUUCAACCAAUUAUAAUUCUCGUGCUUAUUUUAUUCCGAAUAUUAGGAAAAGUAAUCAGUUUAUUAUUCACAACUUCAUCAUUCACAUCUACGGCAACUACUAAACAAGUUAUUGAUCCUACGGAUAGAGCACAUCGGUUUAUACGAGAUUUGGAAGAUAAUUUACCCGUGACAUUAAAUCCCAUGGAUGCAUUACCACCAUUUUUCCAAGGUAGUUAUACUCAAGCAUUAUAUAUGGCCACGAAUAGAGCAAAAUAUUUAUUCAUCUAUUUAACUAAUUCACGUAAUGAAGGUUCAAAUCAAAUAUUUAAUAAGAUUAUUAUUAAUCGGGAAUUUGUUAAUCUUUUCCAAGAUCCAAAUAUGAUAAUAUGGGGUGGAGAUUUGACAAAUCCUGAAGCUUAUCAAUUGGCAAAUAGUCUUUGUGUGACUAAGUUCCCAUUUUUGGGAUUGUUAUGUUUGACUAGAACUACCACCAUGAGUCCUACUGGUCCAAUUAAGACGCCGGCAAAGAUUAGUUUAAUAUCCAGAUUACAAGGAGGGUUGAAAGGUGAUGCCGAUGCUAAUGGGUUAAUUGAUCAUAAAUUUAAGAAGAAGAUUGCCAAGUAUCAAGAUGAAUUAAUAUUGAUUAGACAAGAAUUGGAGGAUAAAUUUAUGUCAAGACUUUUGGUUAAACAACAAGAAUUGAAUUAUCAAGCAUCAUUGGAGAAGGAUCGUGCUAAGAAACGUCAACGAGAAUUUGAGAAAUUGACAAAAGAAUAUCUUGUUUAUAUUGCGCCUAAAUAUCGUGAUUUAAUUCAUCAAAGAAGUGAUACUGCCAAGAUUGGAAUUAAGUGCAAAGAUGGAACUAGACAUACUGUUUAUUUCCCUAAAGAAAUGAAGAUUGAAGAUAUUUUCAUAUAUGUUGAAUUAAUGAAUCGAGGAUAUUUAUCAGAAUCAAUAAUAUCAACAUUAAGUGAACAUGAAGCUAGUGAAAAAUUUCAAAACUUUAAAUUAACUUAUAAAUUUCAAUUAUCAUCUCCAUUACCUCCAAGGCAAUCAUUAAUUGAUAAAAGAGAUCAAUUUAUAAUGGAUGUAGAUUUAGUCUAUCCAAGUGGAUUAUUAUUAGUUGAAGAUAUAUAA